AUGUCUCUAUCAAAGAGUUUCAUCCAAGUAUCAGAAAUAUUGGCGAUUACUGCCAUCUUACACAAAAUCAUUCCAGUCAAGGCCUCCUCUGGUUACGUGACGGAUUUUGAUGGCAGGCCGUUGAUGUACAAACUUAAUGGACUCGCUACGCUGGUAUCCGUCUGUUCUUUCUAUGGAUAUAUGGGAUUUAAAGGUGUGAAAUCGUCUACCUAUUUAUACGAUAGCUACGGAAAGUGUGCUGCUUCGGCUUCCUUUCUUGGAAUUCUGGCGAGUUGCAUAGCUUUUCUCCACGGAAAGACACGUCCUGGACCAGAUCAAAAAUACUCUCGUGCCAUGACUACGGACAUGACGGACAGGAACGGCAAGAUCGUAAACUUUCCGGCAAUGAAACCUGCAGUAGCCAACGGAGGCCUUCAGGUCGCCCUCUUAGACUUCUUUCUUGGCCAUGUCUUCAAUCCACGAAUUGCAGGAAUCGACAUCAAAAUGCUAUUGUACACUUGGGGUGCGGUCAUACUGCAACUAAACCUACUGUCGAUGUGGCUAAAGGGGCGUACCGCCAAUGGUGGCGUGUCCUCCAGAGCAUCAACCGUUUACACCUGUCUGUUCACAUGGUUUGUUGUGGAAUACAUGUACCACGAAAAUGUUCACCUCUACACUUAUGACCUCUUUGCGGAGAAAAUUGGCUUCAAGCUGUUAUGGGGAUGUCUUUUCUUCUACCCUUUCUUUUACCCGAUCGGAGGUUUGCCUCUGGCCAAAUUCGCUCCGAACGCCAACCCAAAACUAGCGGCAAAGGAUCUUUCGACUGUUUCAGUCGUUGCGAUUACGGCCCUUUUCUUUUCUGGAUGGUGUAUAACUCGUGGGGCGAACUUACAAAAAUUCGAGAAAAAAGUAAAUCCUGAGGUGAAGGAAUAUUCAUUUCUGGGUGUGAAGAUGUCGCAAGAAACCAUCCCCGAUACUACCAUUUUGACAUCCGGGUUUUGGGGCUUCGCUCGCCAUAUAAACUACUUUGGAGAAGUCUUACAAGCAGUUGCGUUGGCUCUUCCAGGGUCGUUAACGGCAUCUUCAACCACCGAUGGCCUUCUGCCGUGGCUUUAUCCGCUCUAUUACAUUGCAUUGUUCAUCCCACGGGAGAGAGAUGAUGACAAGCUGUGUUUGGCAAAGUACGGAGAUAAAUGGCUGGCUUAUAGACAACGUGUUCCAUCAAGGUAA